AUGCUCGACAAGCUGCCGAACGAGCUCCUUCUCCUCAUCAUCCGACUCGCUCUCCCAUCUGCCGAGACGCUCUCGCCGAAGGCCGCCGGGCGCCGCCAAGCGCUGUUGAUGAAUCUGUCGCGGGUCAAUAAGCGCCUGUAUAGCCUCGCCAAGCCGCUUCUCCACCAGAGCAUCCUCGUUGGCACCCCUCGCCAAGCGAAACUUGUCGCCCGACUUCCGAAGAAGCUGCGCGAGCAGGUCGAGACGGUCGUCUUCCACAUCAGCACCACGCCGCUCGACGACAUCGACCCAUACGACGAAGACGACGUGCCAGACUUGCUUGUCGGAACGGAGGCCCUCGACGCCCUUGUUGCGCUGCCGAAGGUCAAGCAUGCCCGCUUCUACGACUUUGGCGACUUGAGCACCGAGCAUAUGACCUGGCAGACUCAGCUCGACUUCGAUCUGAGCGCAGAAAGUCCGUUCGUCAAUCUCGACUCUCUUUUCCUGUCGAACUGCAAGCUGUUCUUCGCUGGGCAGGGUUGCGUGUCGCCGUUCGCCCUUGCGAAGCUCGCUUUCGUCGGGAAAACCGUCUUGAUAAACGGCGGCGUCUUCGAACUUGGCGAAUACGGCGCAUGGGGUACGAGCUCUGGAGCGUCAACCAUCCCGACAGAACUCCUCAUGCAGAUGGAAGCGUUGCAGCUCAACUCCCGCCACGCACACACUUUUCCCGCACACUCGUUCGAAUCGAGGCGCAUUCUUGUGGAUCUGGGCACGUGGGGCCUUUGGCAGGACUUCACCGGCGCUGCGUCUAAGGCGCGAUACAUCCGGCUCACAUCCGUUCACGCAGGUCGCUGGUCGAGCGCGGCAGCGGUCGUCCCCGGCCUGAAGAACCUCUCAGCCGCCUUUAUGCAUCGCGACCUCCAUCCGGACCAGGUUAAACCGAAGAACCGCGACAUGGCGCUUGCCCUCCUCAACGCCGUCAAGCAAACGCCUGCCGAGAUCAUCUGGACCGGCUCGGACGACCACGCCUUCAUCCUUCCCGAGUUUGAACGGUACAUCAGGGAGAGGCAGUAG